AUGGGUGUAAAAGCCACGAGUCCCAUCAUACAUGUUGGAGCCUUAGAGAAAUCUAUUCAUUCAUUCUCCAUCAAAAUGUUGGAACCGACCAAAGCUCAAAUUGAUGAAGUCUUCAAAAAGCUUACCACCCAACGGGCAAAUAAGAUGUGCUUUGAUUGCAAGGCCAAAAAUCCUUCGUGGUCUAGCGUCACUUUUGGAAUAUAUCUUUGCCUUGAUUGCUCCUCUACGCACAGGAAUCUCGUAAUCUUACCAGUUCCUCAAUACAGAUCGAUCGCAUUGGAUUCGUGGACGUGGGAUCAAUUACGAAUCAUGAAAGUGGGUGGUAAUGCCGCAGCGUUAGAUUAUUUCUCAAAACAUGGUGGAGCAGCUUCAUUGAACAACAAGGAUAUAAAAUCAAAAUACACCUCUCGUGUCGCUUUGAAAUAUAAGAAUGAACUCAUCAAACGAGCCAACGAAGAUGCCCAAAGAGAUCCAGAUCUUGAAAUUGUCGAAAAUCACGAAGAACAAUCUACAUCAACAGUGUUUAGCAAAAAUGACGACUUUUUUGAAAAACCUAAUGAAGAAACUAUUCAAAAGUCUCAACCAGUAGAAGAAUCAGCAAAAGUUACCACGGGAAACAAAUUACCUAGUUCCAAUAAUCAGACAAUUACAAAACCAUCAACGACAAUUAAAUCGAGUAUUUCCACCCGUGGUAAGGUUCCCAAAAAAUCAAAAUUGGGAUUAGGUGCUGUGAAACUUCAAAAAGUUGAUAUCGAAGUGGCCGAACAAAAAGCAAAAGAUGAAGAAAAAUUAAGUAAGCAGCAGCCAUCGCAAAAUGAAGAAUCCAGUGCACGAAACUCUAUCGAAAACAAAUGGACAUAUAGUUCUCGUUUGGUAUACAAUGAUACCUCACAGUCAUCAGGUGAUAUUGAAGGUAACAAUGCAAGGCGCCAGAGCGAUGAUAUUGAAAGACUUGGUAUGGGUGUUUCAAGACUGGGAUUUGGAACGGUGACUAGUAACUCCGCACAAAAACCUAUAGAAACAUCGUCAAGGUUUAUAGGGUUUGGUUCUACUAGUUCAAAUAAGCAAGAUGAGAAUGUUCCCUCAUCAGAUUCAGAUUUUGCUCGUCAAAAGUUUGGUAAUCAAAAGUCCAUCUCAUCCGAUCAAUUUUUCGGUCGUAAUCAGUAUGAUCCCGAUGCACUGUCAGCUUCAUCUGAAAGAUUGAAACAAUUUGAGGGUGCUAGUUCAAUAUCAUCAAAUCAAUAUUUUGGCAGAGAUGAUCAAGUUUCGCGGCGGGAAAGUUUAGACUUGGGUGCUAUAGAGUUGAAUGCGCGGGAUUUUGCUCGCAAAUUUAUUGGACAAGCUUCAUCCGAUUAUGAAGCUAUAAAAACGGUAGUCGAACGGGGUAGUGAAAAAUUAAAGGAUUAUAUUUCGGAUAUUCAAGUUGAUAUGUAG